UUUUUGAACGUGUACGUUGUAUAGUUUGGGUAUAUUAUUGAUUAUAAUAUAUUUCGACUUAUAACGAUGAUAAAUAAAAAUUUCGUUUAAUAAAUUCUAAUUAAACUAAUACAACAAUGAAGUCUCAUUUGAAAGAUGACGUCAAAAAAGAAAUAAUACAAAAACUAAACUAUAAAAUCGGUGGCGAUAUUAACAAUUUAGUAAACGCAUACGAAGUGGAAAAUGAGUGCGUGCUUCAGAGAAAUCAACUUAAAAGCUUGCUGAAUGCUGCUAGCGAUGAAGUACCCAACAAACUAUCCUCAGCAAUCGCUAAAGCCGAAUGUAAUUCACAACAGAUUGACCAAUUGAGAGAGAAAAGAAUUGAAUUGAUGAAAAAAGUAGAUGGCUUCAUUGAGAAAACCCAGCCAUUGAUGUCUGAGUUGAAUAAAAGAUUUGCAGAUAUUGGUAGACUUGAAGAAGUUUUGUCUUAUUUUAAGUCAUAUGCUAGAAUUGAGGAAUUGAGUAAUCAGAUGAAACAAUGCAAAGAUGAUGAACAGUUGGUCGCCAUGUUCGGCGAGAUGAAGGAGAUGUGCUCCAGAUACAAGCAACCACACCAACAGACAUACAUCAAAGAUUAUACACACUAUUGGCAUAACAUACUCAAGGACAACUUCACGAGAAAUUAUGAAGAUGUUCUCAAAGUGCUAAAGUGGCCCUUCACGUCACAAUCUGAGAUUGCACCUACCAAGGAAGUGAUGAGCAAAUUUACAACUGUCACCAGACAUCUGUUCCUGGUACAGGAACCUAAAUCAAUGGUUGUAUCAAUAUCUGGUGACUUCAGUCAAGAAACAGAACCGUCUUUGCCAAUAAAAUUACUACUGAAGCCUCUCAAGAAGAGGUUUAUCUUCCACUUCACUGGAUCCCGUCAGACAGCCAGGAUCGAUCGACCUGAGUGGUUCCUAACUCAAACCUUGACUUGGAUCAAAGACCAUCAAGAUUUUGUCAAAAACCAUGUACAGCCUAUCGCUGAAAAACUAAACAUGAAAAACGUUAACACAGUGGAUGAGUUCAACGUCGGUAUAAUAUCAUUGGCGGCGGAGCGUCUGCACACUGUGUUAGGGAUCUACCACACUCAAACCAAACACGUCCUGGAUGUAGACGCGGCGUUCGCGCACGCUGUGGACGAGACCUUAGGAUUUCACAGAGAACUUGUUAACAUUACCGGCGGGGAACUGAACAGCGUACUCUCCGUGCUCACUAGGGCUGAGACCUUUGUUAGAUGGCUGGCCGUAGAGAAGAAAUAUGCUCUGUCCAAGAUGGAUGAAACCCUCGAUAAUAGCCAGUGGAUUGAGCCGGUGGCUUCAGGCGUUGUAUCAGCCGUGGGUUCAGUACUUUGGGUUCCUCGGGGUGCUGAUUGGUUUAUAGCCUUAUUGAAGACCAUAGAAGACAGAUACGCCAUGCUCCCACAGCCAGGACACAGGUUACAAUUCCUGGAACUACAGCUGGAACUGAUCGAGGAGUGGCGUAUUCGUUUAACCCAGCUGUUGGGGGCGGCUAUGACGUCACUCACUCCCGACACUUUUCUCACAGCCGGGCCCCAUCCUCUUAUAGCGAUCAUAAACACAGCGCAUCACACGAGGAACGUACUGUUGCAGUGGGCCAAUUCAUUGCACUACCUGCAGCUACACUACUACAAGCGUCAGUUCCAGCACUUCACACAGCAGCAGCACAAGGAGGAGAGCGACGAGAGUGUGUGCGAUGACGAAUACUACUAUGACGAAGACGAUAGGACCGAGGACACGCGCAGCAAAGACGAAGACCAAAUGGAAGAAGCGCUAUCGUUAAACGACGUCGAGGUCCGUGCGAAGAAGAUGGCGCUGAACGAAAUAAAGAGACGGAACUCUGUUGUUAACGAGAGCCAAUAUGAUGUUCCGGGUGCAAGUCCGUCGAGUUCGGAGGUCGAGGAGGGUGCGGUGUUCUGUGAGUCGCCAGCGCUGCUCGCUCACCUCAGAGACGCGGGGAUCGCGGCGCUGGCUGAGCAUAUACUGCUGGAGUUCAAGGCCACCAUUCGGGAAUACAAGAAACAAAAAUGGCACUCCAUGGUAACUAUGGAGCAGGCCGCGUUGUCAGUAUCCGCGCCGCUGUGUGCGCCACUGUCUGGUGCUAUCUCACGUGCUGGCUGCGCCGCCGGCACACUUUCUCCGAGACUCGCGGAACACCUGAUGACGCACCUCGCUGCGUGCAUCGACAUGUACCUAUUCGAGGAAGUAGUUCUGGAGAGCUGGUUCAAUACGGGCGGGACCUUGCAGUUCACACACGACGUUAAAAGAAACCUCGUGCCCGCGUUCGCUCCAGCAAAUAAAAAUGCCUCCAAAUUGAAUCACUUCCCGAGGCUCUUGGAAGCCUGCAAGCUUCUGAACUUGGACUACGACGACGCAAGACGGCUCCGUUCACACUUAUCGAAACAGCCGAACGAGAUGUCCGAUUAUUUGACGAACCUUAACAUAAAUCAUAUCAAACCAGCCGAAGCUCUACGCAUUCUGAACCAACGAACAGAUCUCGCAGACACCACUUCGCCGUCGUCAGUCAUGGAACUAUUCUGAAGUUUUGAAGGGGGAGGCGUCUAAAUGUACAGAAACGCGGGCAUUUAUUCUGGAUAUCAAGAAUUUUGUUUCAUGCAUACAUUAUUUUCUUUUUGCAGCCUUCAGAAGACUACUUUAUUUUUUGCCCCCCAAAAUGUUACGUGCAUUGAGUGCUUUGUUUGAGUUAUGUUUAAUAUAGCAUGUUUAAUGAGACUGUUAAAGACGUUUCUAUGUCCUCAUUAAAUUAAUUAAUUAUCAUUAUAAUAUUGAGAAAUUUAAAUGAAAUAUUUUAUUCGUUAUAUAUACAUAUAAUCUUUUCUCAUUCGAUGCUCGCGAUUUAAAAUACACGCCUCCUCCUCAUAUUAGUUUAUAUAGUAUAUAAGAAUAUUAUAAUGUUAAUGACGAAAUGUUUUUAAACCCUGUUGAUUUUUCCAUGUUACCUUAAUUUAUUUGAAGUUUUCUAUUGGUGGAAUUCCAUUUUAUAUUAUAUUUAUGUUAUUUUUAUUAUUAUUUAAUAAAAACAUGUCAAAUGUUACGAAUAUGAGAAAAGUUUUAUUAAAAUUACAUUCAACAAAAAGGCUAAUCUAUAUAUCCUACAAUAAAUUAAAAUUAAAAUUAAAGUUUUGUCCAUUAUAAUUUUUUAUCCCAAAUUACUUUAAAAUGUAACAUUAAUAUAUUAUGACGAUUAAGAUUACAUGUUUAGCAAAAAACCAAUACAAUCUGACGUUUGUAAUACGCCAUCUUGGUUUUUCCAUGUAUCUGUAGCGAUGCAUAAAACAUAUUGCGUUAUAAUGUUAGGUCGUGAAAAUAAAAAUCUUGUAAAAGAAAUAAAAAAAGAUACAAUCAUA